CGGUUCAUAUAGUAUGCCCGCUCCAAAACGUCGAGAUCGAGCAGCUGUAUAAAUCCGUCAUCCGCAUCGACUCCGACGCCUAGACUUCAAAUCCACAGCGACAAACACACAAGAACUACAGAGCCACGCAUGCACAUGGAGGCUCCGGCGGGCAAAGCUGCAUGCAGCAAGCACAUCGUCCUGGUGCACGGCGCAUGCGCGGGCGGCUGGUCCUGGUACAAGGUGGCCACGCGGCUCCGGUCGGCCGGGCACCGCGUCAGCACGCCUGACCUCGCGGCGUCGGGCGUUGACCCCAGGCCGCUGCGCGAGGUGCCCACGUUCCACGACUACACCAAGCCGCUGCUGGACCUCCUGGAGUCCCUCCCUGCCGGGGAGAAGGUCGUGCUCGUCGGCCAUAGCCUCGGCGGAGUGAACAUCGCCCUGGCCGCCGAGAUGUUCCCGGAGAAGGUCGCCGCCGCGGUGUUCGUCACCGCCUUCAUGCCGGACAGCAGCUCGCCACCGUCCUACGUGCUUGAAAAGUUUGUGGAGGGGAGGACCAUGGACUGGAUGGACACGGAGUUCAAGCCUCAAGAUCCUGUGGGCAAGCUGCCUAUUUCCAUGCUGUUCGGGCCGCUGGUCAUACAAGCAAAUUUCUGCCAGCUGUGCUCGCCGGAGGACCUAACGCUCGGAGGAUCCCUGAUGAGAGUGGGUUCGAUGUUCGUCGACGACCUGAGGCUGCAGCAGCCGUACACCGAGGCUCGCUACGGGUCGGUGCGUAAGGUAUUCAUCGUCUGCAAGGACGACCGCGCCAUCGUCGAGAGCUUCCAGCGGUGGAUGAUAGAGAACUACCCCGUCGACGAGGUGAUGGAAAUAGACGGCGCAGACCACCUGGCGUUGUUCUCGAGGCCGGCUGAGCUCGCGAGCUGUCUCGCUGACAUCGCGGAGAAGUAUGAUUGAUGGUGGUGUGUGGCCGUACGUCGCUUGCUGAUCUAUCCGUUUGGCGUCGACAUUUGUGAUUUGUCGCAGCUACUCCUCCUGUUUUACAAUUCCGGGUGGUUUGUCCCCUUCGUUGUGUUUCCGCGUCUUCUAUUGCAGUCAUUUCAGACGGAUGGUGUUUCAA